AUGGUAUCGAAUCUGUCACUCUCUGAGAUCCAAACAAAUGCGGAAAAGCUGUUCAAUCCGAAUUUCAAACUUCCGCGAAAAACCAGAACACCCAUUCCUCCUUCUUUAUCGUGGAGUAAACUCCCUCCUCCAGCAGCGGAAAUUGAUGAACGGCCAACCGCUCGCCUUAGAAGAUUUAAGAAAUGGAAAGACGUUGUUCCGGAAUUAAGGUUGGUCAUCCUUGAUCCCAAGAAACGGAUUCACCUUAGACGAUAUCAAUCAUAUGCGGUACCCGCAACUAUGUUUUCGCAGAGACGCAAGGUCUUGCCUAUACCUUUGUUUCGAUGCACAAGACCGGGUCUACUCAAUGCAGAUGUUCAAGUAAAAGAAUGGUCAUGGUCUACUCCUGUGAAAGCCAAGACAUCUUCGGCGAAGACUGUCAUUCACGAUACGCCAACGGAGCCUUCAUUUCCUCAAAGACAAGAGAUGAAGUUUACCCUUUCAUCGUCCUCUGGAGUUGAUCCGCCGGAGCAUCCAAUCAAGUCCAUGCUUGUAGCUCGUCCAGCUCCCUGUUCCCCUCUCCUUCAGUCUACCCAUCCGUCUCCCCCUUCUCAUCCCUCUUCCACCUUCCCUUACACUUGCACUCCCCCUUCUCCUUCUCCUCCUUCGCCAUAUUGGAUCCCGCCACUGCCUGACCCUUUACCAUGGCACGACGAGUCCAUACCCAGGCGACACAGAAAAGCCAUUUACCAGAGAUUGCUCGAACACAAGUGGAUAUUGGAUCAAGAGCACGAAAGAAGAUUUAGGAUUGGUAUGAGCAAGUUGAUGGAUGAUAUUAUCGAAUGGCAAGAAACCAUGACUAUUCCCUUUGACCAAUGGAAAAAAGGUCACAAAUGGAAACCGGAAGCUGCACUUACGGAAAUCGAACAAACCACUGAAUUCUUUAAAGCAAUUAGAAAGAAAUCGCUCAACAUAUUCUUGUAUCUGGAUCCUGAACAGAUCAGUUACGUACCUUUUAGACAAAGGGUACACGAUUUAGUGAAAGACGAAGAGAACAGAAAGAAGAGAACGAAAGAGAGGAAAGAAGCUAGAAACCAAGCGAAAGCACAAGCACAAGUUGAAGCAGAGUCAAAAGCUCAAUCCACACUCCUCAACCAACUAUUAGGCAAUGAACAAACUCAAUGCAACGACAAAAGCAUCACGUCCGGGCAUUCUCUUGAUGGACAGAGCGAAGCGAACUUGAUAUCACAGGAGAACUUCGGGAAAGAACCAUCAAUUGCGAACCCGCAAUCACCACAGACACAGCCAGUUGAGAAUUCUUCUCGAAGACAUAGCUCACCCUCUACACAGCUCAAUCAUUCAGCUUUCGAGGAGGACCGACUGAUGUAUGAUCGAACAGCAGAACUAUCAAAUCUGAUAUCACGUCUAUUUGCCUUGCGCAGACGCAAACACGAGAUUUCGAACGAGCUAAAGAAUCGUGAAGAUAAUGGUCAAGCAGAAGAGAGGUAUCUGAAUAAUCCUAUAGACGCAGAAAGUAAUAUCAUACAUCCUGAUAGACCUGGUCAAGUUGUGUCGCCACUUCAGAACUCGAAGUCAGAGCUAAAGAAUGAUCAAAAAUUCAAGUCCGACUUGGAAGCCGAAGUUGCAAUGGAUACGGGACUGCAAGAGAACGUUGAUGUAUAUGAUUACAAGCAAUUGAACAACCAAGAUAGGCAAGAACGCGGUUCCUCAGUGUCAGAGAUCGAGUUGGAGCCACAUCAUGCUUCCAUAACUCCUUCUGCUUCAACUUCGCUGUCCACUGUUCAUCCGUCGCAGGACGAUUUGGACGUCAGAUAUGGCUCCCUAAAUCUAGAUGAGGAUACUGCACUUCCUCCGAACACAUGUUCGCCAGAUUCCUCCUGCUUAGAUGAAACGCCACCUUCUUCGGCGUAUUCAAGAAAACAAGCUAGCUUACUUGAUAUCUCGGAUAUCUCUCAGAGUAGCUCCUGUGGGAAAGGUCGCGAUGCAGAGACUUUGAUCGCUGGAGAGGAAGAAGCACAUGAAGAAGAAAGAGAUACGUUGUAUUCUGCUGUUUUGACAGGUCAAGCAACGCUCAUCUGA